AUGGUUCCAAUGGUUUAUCUAUGGGAUGUGUAUAACAUGAUCAAUGACUUUUUCUUCGGUGCCUACUGCCAUUUAAUUCAAACACUGGAAAUAAAUAAUCAGUCAAACCGUUAUGUGUUUAUAACCGGAUGUGACACUGGAUUCGGGUAUCUUUUGGCCAGAACUCUAGAUGCAAAAGGCGUGAAUGUAGUUGCGGGAUGCCACACAGAAAAAUGGGCACAUGAUUUGAAGAAAGUGACGUCAUCAAGACUGAGAACGGUAGUAGUGGAUGUGACAGACAAAGAGUCGGUAAAGAAAGCGGUUAUGGGGUCUCGUAAACAAUGCUGGCAUCAUACAGAAUUUCUGACAACAGUAGAUGACUACAAAGUAGACAGUGAGGUGAACUUGUUCGGAACAAUUUCGGUGACCUUGGCUUUUCUACCGUUGCUACGGAAGUCCCGAGGAAGGCUAGUCAAUGUAUGCAGCAUUUUCGCCAACUGGAGAUACCCUGGAUUAUCCAGUUAUCUACUUAAAUAACAUCUUUGGACACAACGUGAACUCGUAUGUUUUUUUUGUUUUGUUUUGUUUUUUGUUGUUUUUUUAAGAUAAUAGUUUACGGUCAUGCAUGAUUUUGGUAAUCUCUACAAAUAACUGAUGUAUGAAACUAUCCUAUUAAUUAAAGCCUUCAAUGAAUAUUUGUUUCGUCAUGCACAACAAUAAACCAAAAAGAUCAGAGUGUUUACAUGUUCUUAUGAACACAGCAUGCAAAGACGAAACAUUCCAUUCCAUUGUUGAUCGUCUAUGAUUGUCUUAACAAUUUUUGGUUUAAGCUACUGAGAACACAUGUUUUUGCGCGACGUAAGAACGAUUGUUACUGUAGUAGCCUUUGUUAAAUUACGGUUGUGUCGCUUAAGAGAUCUAUAUCGUUGGCCCUCUACAGAUUUCAAAACAUUCAUAUUGUUAUCCAUAUCAUACAUGAUAUACUUUGUUGACCCAGGAAGAGACAUAUGUAUA